AUGCACUUUGCAGUUCGACGGCCCCCAUGUUCAUUCGUUCUUUUGAGUUCAAAUGAUGCCUACAAAGUGAAGCGUAUCUGGUUCUUCUGUUCAGAAAUUGUGAUGGCUAACCCGUCACGACGCAUAUUGCCUCUACGGGCACUGGCUCGCCAGUUCGAAGAAAUCAUGGAUUUUGAUCAAGGAGGCCCAUCCCGGUUCUUCGGUUGA